GUUCGGAUUGGAGUCUUCUUUGUUUUGCUGUGGGAUAAUUGCUGUUGUAGUUGCGUCUUUCCGGUGAUUGCUGUUCGCUGUCUCACCGGAUUCUCGUAUCAUCGAAGAGUGACGUGAAGUGUAAAGCUAAUGUUGUGAUUGUUUACAUUCAGCUAUCUGAAAAAAUAGGAUUGUUUUCAGUUUUCGUCCGAUUUCGAAACCACAACUGACUAGAAUCAAAAUGGCAGACUGCGUCAGUUGCUCACCGAAAUGGAAGAGACCGUCGGAAAUUAUGAAGAUGCGACGAAAGAAGAAAUCAAGUAACAUGGAUGUCAGGAGUCUAAGUUCCACCUUUAGUGUACUGAAACAAAAAAACUGCGAUGCGAGCAAUGAGGGAAAAAGGAAACAAGCGAAGAGGAGAAAUCCGUUCGGAUAUCCCAGCGGGAAAUCGCAUCACGAAUCACCAAGGAAGAAACCAAACCUGCCAACAUCCAGCAAUACAAGUAGCGGGGAAGAAAGUGGGAAUAGUGAACCAGACAGUACUAAAAGACUGUUCAAAAGUUUAGAUUCGUCUUCACCGUUCAAAAUAACACCCCAAAAGUCACUGGACAUGAGGAUUUUUAAAGAAAAUCACGAACAAGCAGAAAGGAAAUCUGAAGUAUUAAAUCACAACACAAAACCAGAAAGCAAAUCUGAAACACACACAGAACUGCCAGUUGAUUGGAGUGUCAGAUCAAGAGUGAGAUUUCUCUCUCCGGAAUUAUUUAACUGGUGCAAUAAUCUGAAAAGUACUGAAGAAUCUAUUGGAACAAGUGAAUUUGUAAGAUGCCAGGAUACUCAACUGCCAGAAAAUAUACAAGAUUUAAGUAGUUCUGUCGAAACUCGAUCACAAUUCCAGCGAUGCUUGAUGACUUGGAUGCAUCCUUCAAUUCCUUGGCUUAAAUUGUUCCCAAGACUCAAUGGUGAAAUCAAACAAAGCAGGUAAGUAAACUUCU